GACAGCGGUCUGCGGCGGGCGUUCACAAAAGCAAUUCAUGUCGGCUCUUUAAUCUGUUUUGGAUUCACGGAGCCGGGCAUGUAUUGAUGAAAUUUGAGAAUUAGAGGCAAUCUGAUCUUUCAUCUUUUCAACUCAAGAUGAGCGGGAGCCCUCACGAGGGAUUUGAAUUCCGGAGCUCUACAAUGCCGUACAGUUCAAUAGGAAGUUUCAUGGAUUUCUUUGGAGCCAUGGCAUAUGACCACAUGAACUAUAUCUUUGCUGAUGAUACUACAUAUGCUCCGGAAACUGUUUACCCAGCUGUUUAUACCAAUCAAUACAAAUUUGGAUUCUCUGAAACUGAGAAUUCUUGUUAUUAUCAUGAUUAUGGCAAUGCCCAUGUUUUGAAUAAUCAAAUAUCUGGAAAUGAGGGACAAGAUAGCCAUUUAGAGAAUGCUUCGUCAAGAGUUGCUGAAACUGAGACUGCAGCACCGGCAGAUAUGCAUCAUCAGGAAAAUACGAAUGCAGAUUCCAUGGAAUGUCCACGAGGUCAUCAUAGUACUCAUGUCAAUGAGGUCGUUUGGCAAGACAAUGUCGAUCCCGACAAUAUGACUUAUGAGGAAUUGCUUGAAUUGGGUGAGGCCGUCGGAACUCAAAGCCGAGGACUUUCUUAUGACCAAAUCUCUUUGCUUCCCGUCUCCAAGUUUAAGCUCAAGUUUGGCCAAUUCUUUAGGAAGAAGUCAAGAAAUGAAAGGUGUGUGAUAUGCCAGAUGGAAUACAAGAGAGGCGAUAGACAAAUCACUCUUCCAUGCAAACACGCCUAUCACAAAUCUUGCGGCAGCAGAUGGCUCAGCAUCAACAAAGCGUGUCCCAUUUGUAACUCGGACGUGGUGGUGGUGGUGGUGACCAAUGCAUCCAAGCACUAAAAAGGUCUUUUACUUCUUUUUUUGUUUUGUUUUAUAUACAUAGGGAAAAUGGAGUGCAUUUUUUUUCUUUUUUUUCUUCCCCUUUUUUCCUCUUUAAACUUACAAUAGUGGGCUCUACUUUACCUUUUCUGUUAUUCUACAUAAUUUUCCUUCACUGUUAACAGUUCGUGUUAACAACGUAUGAAGUACUCUAUUAACUUUGUCCAUGUUAGAAUAUAUGGAGGAGUGUCUU